AUGGAGCUGGCUACCUACGACGUCGCGGCAGCGCGUCUCGCGUCGAAUGCCGAGCCGCUACUGGCCGAAACGCGCGCCCAUCUGCUCCACAAGCAACCGGACCGUGCGCGCUCGAGCUUUCUGCGUCUCCCUGACCUGGAGUCGCGCUGUAAAGCGUACCUCGAGACAACGCUCCGUGAUUUCUACGCAGCGGGUCUGUUUGACGUGCCUGUGUUGCUGACGUUCCUCGAGGCACUUCCGAAUUGGCACUGGACGCUGGAUGGCUGUGCCGUGCUGCAGAGUGUGAGCUGCGCGUUACGGGCGCCAAGCAGUGGCGCAGACGGAGACGCUCUACUUGCUCUGGAAGCCAGACAACGCAAGUUCCCGCAGCUUCCGCUGGCGUUUUUUCUGUUGAAGCUCAUGAGCCACUUGGAAGGCAGUGCCCGCGUGAGAGCUGAGAGCUACUGGUACGCGUGGGUGAGUCCCACGCUGCGGGCAGUGGCCUCUGGACAGCCGUUGGAGCUCACGAUCCUGUCGAGAACUGGACGCAGUGAGUAUUUCUUUGGCGAUCCAAGUAAAGAAGAGCUGUUGUAUGCUCCGGGCGAAGAUGGGACAUUCGAUCACGACCGCCGCCAUGCGUUGUGCUGGGUGGGCGAUGAUACCGAGCACACAGUCGCACCGUGGCCAGCAGAGAAAGAUCGGACCAAAGCUCAGUGGCGAUUGAUCCCUGCAGACGUGCACGCUGACACGUUCUUGGUGCGAAACGUGCAUCUUGAGGAGUACCUGUAUGCUGCAGAUUACGCGAAGUACAAAAAAGAUCGACAUGGCAAGACGAGAAGUCGAGUGUUUACGUGGAGAAAAAAGGAUGAUUCGCCUGGACAAGCAGGAAGGUGGCAGCUUGUUGCCUUGAGUGACGAGGAGAGAGAUGUGUUUGCAUUGUAUAAUCCGUAUCAGCGCGAGUUUUUGUACGCACCGACAGUAGACAUGAUGGACAGUAAGAGACGCCACGUACUCACACGAGCGGCGCCAGAUGGAGCUAGCGGAACACCUGCAAAGGAAGGCGGAGCAAUGUGGUGUGCUUGGCGUAUCACUCCAGCGCAGCAAUCGCGGAUGGAGCGAGGUGUGGAAGCGUUCUUUGCAAAGCAAUACCCCGCAGCAGUCGAGCAGCUCACGCUGGCCCUCGAUGACUUGCCAGACAAUACAGAACAUGUGAAGUGCUUUGCCUACCGCAUGACAGCAAAUUUGCGUCUCCGAAGAUUCGACUUAGUGGCGCCCGAUUUCCAAGCGAUCCAAGCACUUGGUGGCGAUAAAGCUGCAAUCUUUCACGGGCUCGCUCACUUGUGGGAAGAGAAUGCAAACUACCUUGCGGUCAUGGCAAGCUCAUCGCCAGAAUUGCAAAUCCAGGCAAUUGAGAUUGCGACAUCUCCUGAGAACCCAUUCUUCAUGCGCCACCAACUUUCGAAGGGUGAUGACUUGUUCGUCCGUCGAGACUUCCAGGCCGCGAUUGUAUGUUACCGGGAAGCUGCUACUUGCACGUCGACCAUUGCUUCUUCAUCCCUUGAAGAUUGCAGUGUAGAAGAUGCCGAGACCACCCGUCAGCGAGUUCGUGCUUACGUGUCAUGCGCCAAGUGCUUCUUCGCGCUGGACGAAAUCGAGAAUGCGUGGCAGUACUUGAGUAUAGCUCAAGAUAUCACUAAUGCGUCAGUCGAGGGCGAGGCUGCUAUUCUGCUAUGGAAAGGCAAGUGUCGUCGAGCGUACAAAUCGUACGACGAAGCUUUCCAGUUACUAGAAAAGGCUUUUGACCGUGCAGGUGUAGCGUCGGCGGCUGCUGUGAGCUCACGAUCGUCAGCAGCUGGUGUACCUAUGACUGCUGCUGCAUUGAAGAAGUCCAUCCUCAUGGAGAUGAAGGUGGUUGGGCUGUUACGUCAAGGAGUCUAUGACAUGUUGCUUUCUGUAGAGGAGAAUGGUAACGAAGAUGCUGCGUCUGGUGAUGCUUGUGGUGUGCAUGAGGAGCAAGAAUCGGCAGCAGGUAAAGACGCCGCGAAAACGCUGGCGCAGAUGGUGGAAAUAUUCCAUUGUCCACUGAGCUUGGAGCUGAUGGAUGAUCCUGUUACCACACCUGACGGCAAUACGUAUGAGCGCUCGAUGAUCGAGCAGCAUCUGGAAGUGAAUGGAUGCUUCGAUCCCUUGACGCGCGCACCACUGAGCAAGUCACAGCUCCAUGCAAAUCGUGCGCUGAAGCAGCUGAUGGAGACGUUGUUGAGCGACCAUCGUUUAGGACGGCUGCUCGCGUCGUGCUCAACGUAA